AUUCCGGCCGACGCGGAUUCAUCGACUAGCAAUUACCGGAGUCACAAUUUUACGAGUGAAAAAUGGCAAAAAGGGGACAUAAACGCUCUAGUUCAGAAGUUAGUGAUCAUUUCCGUCUCAUCAAUGAGCAAGAAGUGGAGGACAUCACACUUGCAUUCUUCUAUAAACCACACACUCUUACUCUUCUUUCUGUGGCUGUGAUCGGGACGUUUUACUUUGCAUUUGCUGGUACCUCUGAUGGAUUUGAGCAGAAUAUAUGGAGAGGACUGUGUCAUGCCGCCUUUUACUUCCUCAUUAUCAGUGUUCUAGCUUUUCCUAAUGGUCCUUUUACCAGACCACAUCCUGCGAUAUGGAGAGUGUUUUUCGGAAUCACUGUCAUGUAUCUCCUAGUACUCAUCUUUUUCCUGUUCCAAAGUUAUCAGGACGUGAUGAAAAUCCUUCAAUGGAUAUUUCCUGAUCUCCAAGAAUAUAACACACCAGAAAAGGAGUAUGCUGUGAAUUGUUCUGACGUCACUUUAGAGCGAUUGUGGGGUCAUUUUGACUGGUAUUCUCUUAGUCAUUUUGGAGGUUGGGUAAUCAAGGCCCUUCUCAUGAGAAGCUAUGUCCUGUGCUGGAUCAUCAGUGUCACUUGGGAGAUCACAGAGUUCUUCUUCAUCCACCUGCUACCCAACUUUGCAGAGUGUUGGUGGGAUGCCAUCAUCCUGGACAUCCUGGUGUGCAACGGCCUCGGUAUCUGGGUCGGGAUGAAACUCUGCAGGAGACUGGAGAUGACCGAAUUCAGAUGGGAGAGCAUCAAAAACAUUCCUUCUACCUCUGGGAAGAUCAAGAGGGCUGUUCUCCAAUUUACACCAGCGAGUUGGACACCCAUUCGUUGGUUGGAACCUCAUACUUCUCUCAAGCGGGUAUUGGCUGUCUUUAUCAUUGAAUGCGUUGCGCAGCUGGUCGAGCUGAACACAUUUUUCUUGAAGCACAUUUACAAAUUUCCUGCUGACCAUUGGCUCGGCAUCAUCAGGAUAUUCAUUGUUGUUACAUCCACGGCUCCAACGAUAAGGCAAUAUUAUACCUAUGUCACUGAUCCAUACUGCAAACGGGCGGGAACACACCUAUGGGUUUUCCUUGCAUACAGUUUGAUAGAGCUGAUGAUAUGCAUCAAGCAUGGGCAAGAUGUGUUCUCGAAAACUCUCAUUCUAAACAUCCUAAUGUGGUUAACAAUACAGCUUUCGAUUGUCUUCUUUUGCUUAAUGGCCUUCUGGUGGUACUAUCAAGUCCAUAAACCUGUGGAAUCGGCAAAACCUCUAGCUCUCCGCCGUCUCAGCCAGCAGUCUGUAUCGGCCCCGACCAGCCCUUCAAAAGUAUCCAAUGGUUACGAAGGUGACAGCCCCACCCAUCAAUACAAUACAAGGAGGCGUGUCCAGAGCGCUGCAAAGCUGGUGUCGUGAUUGGUAUAUUCUAGGGCUGGUGGGAAUGCCCCCAUUCCAUCAAGAUGUUACAUGUACAUAUAUGCAAUACUAAGGCUCAAGAUAAAUGUCAGCUCUUGGAGGUUUUUCAUCAAUGUGUUUCAUCCGGCGAGUGGUCAGGUCUUACAGCUUUAUUAGGUUUUGAUUUUGCUGAGAAGUGCAGUGUGACUGUUACUAUGGUAACUGUUGUAUAAAACGGGAUAAAACAUCCCAACGAGUCCUUUCAUGAAGCGCCCCCAGAUCCGACAACUUUAUUUGGAUUUGACUUGCUGAGAAGCAAAGUUUGACUGUUACUACGGUAUCUGUUUGAGAAUGACCACCUGUCAGUGCUGAGAGUUUUCAUGAACUAGUCUCCUGGGUCCCAUUCCAUGAAGACUUGUUUAAGAGUGAGUUUACUCUCAGCCAAUCAAUUGGACUGAUUUGAGUAGCUUUAAACUGUUAUUGCAAAUUUGUUAUUAUCACAAGUUUUAUGAAACAGACUCCUGGGCCCCGUUGUACAAAGAGUUACGAUUGAUCCGAUCAAUCGUAACUAUGGCAAGCCAGCAAAGUCAACAUAUGAAAUGCAUGUUUGUUCAAAAAAAAAUUCUAGAUAUGAAUGCAUAUCCUUAAAUUCAUUGAUUUCUUGACAAUUUGGGGUGUUCUCCUUUGAUUACAAAGGACAUUUUGCAAAUUUCCUGUAGAAAAAAUUAUGACACUGAUGGAUUUCCAUAGAGUUACGAUUGAUCGGAUCAAUCGUAACUCUUUGUACAACGGGGCCCAGGUAACAAGAUUGAAUCAUGGAUGAUACUGCCUCAUAGUGAUGGUGAAAUUAUGACUACAGUGUCCCCAGGAAUUAGUGUAUGAUGUUAGAAUUAAGAAUGAUCAAAAUCAUGAAAUUGACUCGAGUCUGCUGAAUGUCACGUGCUGCACACACGUAAAUGCAUGAGUUGGACUACACACGUAAACGUUCAGCCCAAACAUUUCAUUGGAUGCUGUGAGGGUGUAUGUCUGAGAAGCAAUCCAUUGCAUUGGAUCGUUUUACUUGCAUAUUCUUCCCAGAGCUCCUGUUCCACUAUGUCGAUUUGACAAACAUUCAGAUCCGGCAGGAUCGAGGAAAAAUGAACGAUUUUACCGGGAGUCAGCGAAAAAUAUCAUGCAGUGAUAAAAAUUAUCCAAGGAACAGGGGAUUUAUCAUGUCAGCGUGCCGCUGUUAGUACGCCAGGAAAGACCUGAUUAUGCUCAACCCACGACUUUGCAACAUGUUGCUUACGCUUUUCCCGCACAAAAUUGUGAACAUGUUCAAAAUUUUUAGCCGAUCACGCCGAUCUUAAUAAAAUGCCCGCUGUUACUUCUCUUCACAAUGUCAUUACUCUGCUUCCGAUUUCAACCGAUUCCUAUCCUAGAGUUUCAGAUCGAGCUUGUGGAUUGUCCCCUUAAACAACAUGGGAAGAACUUGAAAGCUGAAAAUAAGUGUUCUCCUCGUUCUCACAACAGAAAUUUCCCCUUUGAUAUGACAUGUUUUAUAUGAGCCCCAUCUGUUUGUAUGGGCAAAAGAUUUUGUUAAGCAAUGGCAGUGGUGUGCUAAAUACAGAAAAACCUGUCUACUUGCAAAACCAAUGACGUAUCAACAUUCGACCAAUCUGGACAAGGAGCCAUUCUUGAUAGGUUCCUCAUGGUGCAUUCAGGAAGCAUAGUGGUGUGGUGCUGACACUCUUGUAAUCAGAGGGUUGUUUGUUUGAACCUCACCGUGGCCGAACGUUCUUUGACGAGGCAUCAAUCUACAAAUUGCCACUCCCUACCCAGUUGUUAAAGGGAUGGUCUGGGCUGAAAAUAUUUAUAUCUUAAUAGAGUAAAAUUCACAGAGCACAAAGCUGAAAAUUCCACCAAAAUUUGAGAACAAAUAACUUUUCUUUUUCUUAUGUUAUGUUUCUUAUGUUAUUACUUGAAAUCAUAAUUUCAUUUUUCCAUACAUGUGUAAAUGAUGGGUCUCAAUUAUGAUGAAAUAAGUUGUGGCAAUAAAUAACUAAUGCACUUAAGUUGUCAAUCAAAUUGUUUUAGUUCUUGGUAGAAAUUUUUUGAAUAAACCUUAUUUCAUAUGAU